AAAUUAUGUCAACAGAAAAGCAACAAAAAAAACCUUCAAACUAAGGACAACUUCAUAAAGUAAAAGUAGUACCGAAUACAGAGCCGGCGGUUAAUGUGAGAGGCCAGGAGCCCCUUACUGCUUCAAUGCUGGCAGCUGCACCCUUAAAAGAGCAGAAACAACUCCUGGGUGAGCGGCUGUAUCCACUUAUCCAGGCCUUGCAUCCGACUCUUGCGGGAAAGAUUACAGGCAUGCUGCUGGAGAUUGACAACUCUGAACUACUGCACAUGCUCGAGUCUCCAGAGUCCCUGCACUCCAAGGUUGAAGAGGCUGUAGCGGUGCUUCAGGCUCAUCAAGCCAAGGAACUGUCCUGACGUUGGGGGUUGGGAGCUGCAGUGCUGGGGGAGGAGAACGGAUCACAUGACCUGAAUGUGUCAGCACUGAGAGCCCAUCUUACUGGCUAGAGGGCCGCCUGAUCCGCAUGCUUGCUUGUUUCUUGGCAGAAAAACAUAAAUUACACCAAAUAUAUAGUUUAAAGGAUCAGAAAUGAUUGCAAAUGCAACAUGCAAAUGUGCUUGUAUUGUCCUGGUAAAUGACUAAAUCAUGGUUUAACCACUCACCACCUUCGA